AACACUUCUUGUGCCGAUGCUCAACGCGAUAUCAGCUACUGCUUCAAGCCAUGAAUCACAGGAUAGUGCUGGAUGAGCUGAACCGAGACCUUAGUGCCAGCAGAGCAAAAGUGGAAGGUUGGGCUCAAACCAAAAUCAAUGCCGCCGAUAAGCUCCGGGAGCAGCACCUGACAUCCGUCAAAGACUUGAAAUGCAAGAUAGUAACACUGCAGAACAACAAAGCAAAACGCGAGCAGGAAGUGGAGGAGCUGAAGCAGAGACUUCAGCAUGAGAGCGAAGAAGAGGAGCAAGUGAAGGCACAGCUCAGGGCAGCUGAGGAGGAAUCUGAUGCUCUUCCAAAGGAAAUCCAUGAUAUCAAGACAGCCUUGGACCGAGAAACAGCAGAGCUGCAGCGGCAGGAAUCAGCUUUGGCAGAUAAGGAGUCUUUACGGGAGGGGAAGCUUCGGUCUCUGAGGCAAGCCUUGGAUCUUUAUCGCGCACGUCUGGGGCUACAAUUUCGCAAAGACCAUACGGACGAGCUGCUCCUGAUCUUCACCCACAUUGACCCAAGCAGCCAUCUGCGGGAGUUCAUGCUGGGGGUCCACGUCCAUGCCGACAACACCUACAGCAUCACCAGGUGUGAGCCAGCCCUGGAGGGACUGGAUCCAAUGCUUGGGGAGCUGAACAGUUCCAACAACUUCAGUCAGUUUGUGCGGCAGCUGAGGAAGCGGUUUCAGCAGCUUAUCGUCCGCCCUGCAUCAUGAUGCAUGCGCAAGUGCCAUAUACCAGAAGCAGGAAGCAACAGAUGUAUUGAAUGAUUUUGAUAUUGAGCGCACUGCAUUCCCUCGCAUGUGCUGUACCUUAAAUUGUUGUCGCACUGCUGAACACAAACAUUUGCAGGAUUUUGAGCACUAACUGGCAAGCAUUACCAGGAAGAAUUGCUGGAAGAAAAAAAAUCUUCUUUUGUCAUUCUCAGAAUUAACUUUAUAUAUGGCUGUAUGUACCGACAAGUCUUAAUGACGCCGGUCUGUAAAAUAAAUGUCCAUCAAU